AUGCAAACAGUUACACUCAUUAUUGCAACCUGUUUGAUUGCCUGCAUAUUGACUUGGUGCAAUUGUCAAGUCAGUACAGUUCCACCUCUCUUUAAAGAAUCAACUCUUAUUGGUGGAAAUCCAUUUGGUAAUUCAGUUUCAGCUUUACAAAUUCCUUUUUCUGCUUGGUAUUUUGGGAUAUCUCCAAUUGCUGGUGAAAUUUAUUAUUACAAUUAUGAUCUUUUCAAAAUUGAUAAAUCAAGUGGCUUCAUCAAAUCUGUACCACUAGCUACUGAUAGACCUGUAAUUCCCUAUUUCAGCACAUUUUCUGACAACGUUGCAUAUUUCAUCAAUGGUGUUCAAGGAUUAGCAGUGUACAAUUUUACCUCUGGUGAAACUAGUGUCUUAACAGAAGAUGAUCCAAGAAGCAUUCUAGUUGAUGAUAAAAACAACAGAAUUUACUACACCAUGUAUUCUGCUUCAGUGAUUAAGUAUUACGAUUUGGCAACAAAGCAAACAAACACAUUAAUUAGUGAUGCAGGUUUAAAUGAUCCAAAUACUAUGGCUAUUUAUGAUGGAUAUUUAUAUGUUGAAGGAUCUACAUCCAUUAGCCGUGUUUCUGUUUCCAGUGGAAUUGUUUCAAAUUUUGCAGGGACUAAGGGAAUGUCUGGUUUUAGUGCAUCUUGUUCUAUUGCUGUGGAUUGUCUUUUUAAUAGUAUAAGCUACUUAACUAUUAAUCCGCAAACAGAGGAGUUGAUUGUUAGCGAUUCUGGAAAUUUUAGAGUUUUUGCCAUUAAUACUAAAACUGGAGUAUUAAGAACUAUCGCUGGAAAUGGUAAUGGUCUUUCCGUGGAUAAGCCUCUAGAGAAUGUUGAUGCUUUGACAAUUGAAAUGGUCCCUUUUCAAGUCAGCUAUUGGGGUGGUAAAAUCUAUGUUUCAGAUUAUACUAAUAACAAGAUAUUUUCACUAAGGUUCGAAAAUGGAAAGACUCUUUACAAUGGAGUAAUGGGUAAUGGAAAGUCUGUUUUCAAGGGAGAUAAUAUCAAGGCAAGCUUGUUGAAUUUGAGGGUUCCCAAUCUUCAAUAUGAUACUAAAACAAAGGACUUGUGGAUUGGUGAUUCCGUAUUUGGAGAUGUUGUAAAAGUAUCUAAUAGUGAUGGAAUAGCUAAAAGAAUUUUCCUUGACGACAAUUUGAGAUCAUUCACUUUUGAUCCAUCUACUCAGGAUGUAUUCUUUUACCAAAAUUCAGUCAUUAAGAAAAUGUCUGCUGCAGAUAAAUCUGUUUCAACUAUUAUUGGAACUAAUCAAGGAAAACUAAUUGAUAACAUACCAGCUACAACUGCAUCUGUGGUAGAUCCAUAUGGUGUUGUUGUAGACCCAAGUAAUGGAGAUGUUUUCAUUUCGGAUGGUUAUCUGAAUUGUGUUAGAAAGAUUGACGGAAAGAGUGGUAUAGUUACAACUGUAGCUGGAACAGGAGAGGCAGGUGAUGUAGGUGACAAUGGUCCUUCCAAUAAGGCUCAAUUAUUUUCUCCAAGUGGAUUAUCUUUAACUUCAAGUGGAGACUUACUAAUUGCAGAUAAUGGUAAUCAAGCCAUUCGAAAGGUUUCUAAUGGAAUUAUUACAACAAUCGUGUCUGGAUUAGAUUAUCCAAGUCAUGCCAUUCAAUCCCCUCUCACAAAUGAAAUAUUCAUACUGGAGCGAAACUCAGUUAAAAAAAGAUUUAUCAAUGGAUCUAUUAUAACUAUAGCAUCUGGAAUGAAGAAUCCUUCACACAUGAUGUUGAAAGUUAAUGCCAAUAAUGAAGAAGAAUUGUAUGUAUGUGAUACAUUCAAUAACAUGGUAAAGAAGAUUGUUGACGGUUCAGUGCAGGUCAUUGCAGGAAAUGGAAAAUCACAAACAACUCAAUUUGGAAGUUUAGCUACUGAAACAUCUGUGCCUACUCCUGGUGGUAUAGUUUUCAAUCAAAAAACAAAUGAAAUUUACAUUACAACUGGUGACAUGAUAAUGAGAAUUGACUCAAAUUCAAAAAUUAAUGGAGUUUUAGGUGAUGAUAGGUCGUAUCUCACUUCCAGAGGCGAUAAUUUACCUGUAUCUGAAACAUUGUUAAAUAUUCCCCAAGGAUUGGCUAUCUUUGAUAAUAACCUAUUCAUUGUUGAUAUGCAGAAUAACAGAAUUCGUAAAAUGCCACUAACUGGACUAGAUAAGAAUCCAAUUGUUUCAGUAGUUAUGGGAGGAGUUGGCGAUGGAGGUUUAGCAAUCAACGCAUUGAUUGGAACUGUUUAUGGUAGUAUGAAGAUGACCAAAUCAGGAGAUCUUAUUUUCAAUGAACAAACUAGAAUCAGAAAGAUUACCAAAGAUGGAGUCAUUUCGACUAUUGCUGGAAAUGGAUUGUCUAUUAAGACAAUUCCUCCAAAAGACAAUGUUGUAAGCACCUCUUCUUCAAUCCUUGUUAAUGAAUUCUUCUAUGAUGAAGUGGUUAAUGAGCUCUAUUUGAUGAACAAUUCAACCAUUAGAAAGGUUUCUAAGGAUGGAGUUAUUACAACAAUUGCUGGUCAAAGUGGAUUGAUUGGACUCUCUGGUGAUGGUGACAAAGCAGCUAACUCGAAACUUAAUAUUCCAACUGGUGUUGCUGUCACCAAAAAAGGAAACAUAAUUAUUGCUGACACAAUUAAUGGCAGAUUGAGAAUGAUCAACAAUGAUACAGGUGUUAUAACCACAAUUGCAGGUGCAGAAAAUGACAAGUUGGUAUUGGAUAAUCCACAUUCCAUCAUUCUUACUGAAAAUGGUGAGCUCAUUAUAUCUGUAACCAAUCAAAUCAAAGUAUUAACUCCCUUCUGUGCAAAUAUAGAAAAUUAUAACUAUACAUUGGAUCCAAUUUCAAAGUUUGAAUGUGUUUGCUCUUCCCAAAAUUGUUUCAAAUUGAGUAGUGCCUUCACUAAUUACCAAACAUCAGGUUUGACCUUUAUUUCUAUUGGUUUUUUAUUGUUAGGACUUUUGUAA